AUGCCUCUUUUCGGCCACAAGAACACGGCCCCUGAGCCAACUCCCACACAUGCACAUACCACGACAAAUCCCAGAUACUCAAAUUCUUCCGCGGGCGGCAGUCCUCGCAAAGGUUUCUUCAGCCGCCGCCGAUCGUCGUCGGCAUCCUCUUCGGACCUAGACACCCGCAAUAACCGUCACGGAAGCAACAAGCUUUCUCACGGCUCAACACGCAGUUCAGGCGGGCUGUUCCACCGCAACCAUGAAGACUCAUCCAUCAUUGCUGCUCGGGAGCGAGUGCUUUCAGCAGAGACCGCGGAAAGAGAGGCGGACCGAGCACUCGUGCAAGCCCGAGCUGCUGUCCAAGAGGCAAGGAACCAUGUCAAGAUGCUUGAGCGUGAAGCUGAAGAGGAGGCUCGUCUCGCCAAGAUCAAGCAACAGCAAGCCAAAGAUAUCGGAAAGAGAGCUAAGCCUCUUGGACGUCAUGAUCGUUAUUAA